AUGGGUACCACAAACAAAAUUUUAUGUGUAUCGUAUAGAGCAGCAGCAAAUUGGACAUCGUACGAAGAGCGUUUAUUAUUUCGAAUUUACGGAAGUAAUACAAGUAAAAUCAUCGACAGGCAAAAAGAGUUUGAUAAUUGGCGAUAUUUGGCAUCAUGUGGAUGUGCUGCUCAGUUAUACGCCAGAUUCACAAACGGCAUCGUCAGCGGCUUCAUUCCUGGCAAUACACUUACUGUUAGCAACGUGCGUGACAAAUUAAUCAUUACAAAAAUUUGCAAGACUCUUGCGAAGAUGCAUAAAUUGAAACCGAACACUGGCAGUGCAUUGCAGCCGGUUUUAUUUGCAAAAAUCAGUCAGUAUCUUGAGGUGUCUUCGGGUCAUUACCAGGUUUCUUUUGUCUUUACAAAAAAAUUUUUACAAACUUUGAAAAAGGCGCACUCUGGUUAAAA